AUGCUGGAUCGUUAUUCUCAAAAGGAUAAAGAUUUAAAAACUUUGCAAAUAGACGAUAUAGUUUUGACCACUAUCAAACCCGACCCUCGGUUUCCAAGUAGAGGAGUAGGCAAAAUAAUUAACCAGUUCAACAGUCCGAACGGAACUUCGUUUUGGGUUAUUGAAGUUGAAGAGGAGUUUGAAAACAAUAUUGAUCUUAAUUUAUUGUAUCAAAACCACAAAAGACAAAUAAUUAAGCAAAUUCAUGAAAUUGAAAAACCACAGAUUAGAGACUUCAAAAUUAUUCCAGCAGGGCGAGUACUUCAUGGAGCCGGAAGUCAAUCCGCCGUCACUUAUUUUAACUGCUAUGUUAUGCCUUAUAUUCCUGACUCUCGGCAGAAAAUUGCUCGUCAUCGGGAGGAAGUGAUGGAAAUUAUGUCCCGAGGAGGAGGAGUAGGAAGUAAUGGCAGUACUUUACGACCUCGCGGAGCAGUUGUUAAGCAGUUAACCCAUUUAGUCGAACAAGGCGGUUCUCGCCGCGGAGCUCAAAUGAUUAUGUUGGCCGAUUGGCAUCCGGACAUUAUUGAAUUUAUUGUUUCUAAAGUACAAAAUCCCCGUGCUUUAUUAAAAGUACUAGAUAAUACUGAAAAUGAUUUAAUAAAAAAAGAGAUUAAUCAAAAAUUAGAAAAAAAAGGAGACAAUUAUCAAGUUAGAAAUACUGAGUUUUUGAGUGGGGCAAAUAUUUCAGUUUGUAUAUCUGAUAAAUUUAUGGAGGCGCCUACGAUGAAAAAUGGCAUGAGAUCGGAGAUGCCUAUGAAUGAGAAAAAAAAGGUUAUGAAUAGGGCAAAUAAUUUUACUAAUGCCCGAGGUUAUGGACAGAAAGUAGUGGCGACUAAUCCAUGUGGCGAACAACCUCUUGCUCCCUAUUCGGAUAACGUAAUUGAUGCCAGUUAUUAUUUUCCAAUCAAGGGAGAAAAGGAUACCACUCUUAAAGACCAAGCUCAAGGAGAAAGAAGAAUUGGAAUGGGAGUAAUGGGCUUACAUGAUUUUUUAAUUUAUGCUGGUAAGAAAUAUGGUUCGGAAGAAGCUAAUUCAUUAGUUGAUAAACUAUUCGAAACUGUGUGUAAUACUGCCUAUGAAUCUUCAAUUGAACUAGCCCAAGAAAAAGGCGUUUUCCCUUUCUUAAAAGAUCGUAAUGAAUUCGUUAACAAGUCAGGGUUUAUCCAAACUUUGCCCAAAUAUAUUCAAGGUAAAAUUAGAGAACAUGGGCUUCGUAACUCCCAUUUAUUAACAGUGGCUCCGACCGGCAGUACUGGAACUUUGGUAGGAGUUUCAACCGGGUUAGAGCCUUAUUUUGCUUUUUCUCAUUAUCGCUCGGGAAGACUGGGAGAAUUAAUUAAAGUAGAGUAUCCAAUAGUUAAAGAGUGGUUAAAAUAUCAUCCAGAACACAGCUCAGAGAAAUUGCCUGAUAUUUUUAUUUCGGCGAUGGAUGAAGAAUUAAAACCAGAAGCGCAUACCGUUAAUGCUCCUCGAGGUUACAGUGAAGAACAAGUAAAGAAAAUUUAUGAAAAUUUAUACGAAAAAGGAGCUAAAGGUGGGACUGUUUAUGUUGAUGGAAGCCGUGAUUUUCAGGUGCUUAGUUUAGAAAAAAGCGAUAACCAAUUUAGCGAUUUAGAAAAUAAAAAGGAAAAUCAAAAAGAAAGAUUGAAAAAAAUUGGAAUAGAAGAUUACGAUUAUUACUAUCUUCAAGAUCUAAAGCAAAUAUUAUUUUGCGAAGAUAAGGCAAAUGAACUUCCUGAGAUCAAAAAUAGUUUAUCUUAUAAAGGAAUUAAAAAAAUUACUUUCUUUACUCCUCUUUAUAAUGAAGCAAUUUCUUAUCGUCCUUCUUAUGUAAGCGAGAUAGAAGAUGACAUUAUUGUUAAAAAGGUUUACAAUGCUAGUGAAGCAGAAGACGUUUACGUAUCCAGAAAUCCUGAUAAUUAUCUCCUCCCUUUAGAUGUUAUCAGAAAGGAAAGAGAUUGGUAUAGUCACUUUGCAGUCUAUUUAGGUGGUUCCUCAGCCUCUCUUGGUUAUUCGUCAGGUAGUUUUGCCUCAGGAAUUUCUUCCUCUUCAUUAGGUCUAGGUUCUUUAGCCAGUGGCUCUUUCGUUUCUAGUGGGAUUUCUUCAUCCUCUGCUUUGUCUAAUAGUUCAAAUUCCUCUAGUUGGAAUAAUAAUUAUGUAUUCCCUUUCGCCAAUGCUCUUUUUCCAACUGAGAAAAAGAAUUACAAUGCGAGUUAUCGUAAUUGCGAGCAUUUUGCCAAUAGAAUUGUCUUUGGAAUAAAUAUUUCUAAACAAGUAAGCGAUGCUUUAGAUAAUAGAAGAAGUUUCAAUCUAAAAGACGAAGUUUCAACUGGUGGCGCUAGUUGUCACUCCCCCUCUUUUAGAAAUUUAACUUCUUCUGAUUGUUCUUAUGAAACAAAUCGUAUAGAGAGGUAUGCCCAAGAAGCCGAAAACAAUCGCUCUUACACUCGUCCUAAAUACCGAAUCGAGUAUGAGAAGUUUGAGGAAUGA